AUGGGCAAUCCCAAAGAUGAAAGCACCUCUGAAAAUGAGGUUCCUUCCAGUCUGAACGACCAGACUCCCGCAGCCAAGCCAGCGUUAAAGGCUCUAGAGAAUGGCCAGGGCAAAGAUGUCGAUAUUGCUGCCCAGAUUCUUGCCGACUAUGGCGAAGAGUUCGACAGAAGCUGGACCCCCGAAGAAGAGAAGCGCUUGGUUCGGAAGGUUGACUGGAUGAUUGUUCCGAUCCUUUUUGUCUGCGCAACGCUUUCUGGCCUUGACAAGACCGCAAUCUCAGCCGCCGCCAUCUAUGGCAUCCGCCAAGAUCUCAACAUGACAGGCGAGCAGUACUCAUGGGUCGGCUCGGCACCAUUCUUUGGGGGCCUUCUCUUCAUGGGCCCGUCUGCAUACUUUAUUCAGAGCUUCGGUGCCCUUUUUGCGUGUCGUUUUCUGUUAGGCGGUUUUGAGGCUUUGCUUAUCCCUGCGGUCACGCUGAUCACAUCCAUGUGGUAUCGUCCAGAAGAGCAGCCCCGACGCAAUAGCAUCAUUCUCAACGUCGUGGCUCCCAUCAUCAAUGGCUUUGUGGCAUGGGUGAUUGGCUACUACAACGGAUCCUAUGCGAAGUGGAAGAUCGUCUUUCUUCUCGUCGGCUGCGUCACCAUUGCUUGGUCUGCCGUCAUUUUCUUCUUCCUCCCCAGCAAUCCGCUGGAAGCGAAGAGACUGAGCCCUCGAGAGAGAUACAUCAUCAUCCAGAGAAAGGCGUCUGACAAUACUGGCAUCGAGAACAAGGUUUUCAAGCCUUCACAGGUCAAGGAGGCUUUUGCAGAUGUCAAAACUUGGCUGAUUUGGUUCGCCAUUAUUGCGCUCCAAGUUCCUAAUGGUGGCUUGACUACAUUCAACACACUUAUAAUCUCUGGGCUUGGCUUCAACCCUCUUCAGACUUCCCUUCUAGCUAUGCCCCCGGGGGCGAUGAGUACCAUUUCCGGUAUUGUUCUGUCUUAUAUCGCGUCAACAACCCGCAAGUAUCGGACUCCGAUUGUAGCAGGCUCAAUCCUACUUCCCCUUUUUGGCGCGUUGUUGUGCUACAACCUCCCCCGGGACAACCUCGCUGGUCAGCUCAUUGGUCUUUAG